AUGUCUCAAUCCGAGAAUAAAAACAAUAUUAAACAAUCUUCUCGUUCACAAACAGGAUCAAAGGCUGAAACAACAAAAAAUGAACCAAAACUCAACAAAUGGGAACAAAAUGCCAUCACUGUGGCUGGUGGAAAUGGUCAAGGACAAGAAUUAAAUCAACUCAAUCGCCCUGACGGAAUCUUUAUUGAUAAAAACAAAAAUAUUUUCAUUACUGAUUGUUGGAAUCAUCGUAUAGUUGAAUGGAAAUAUAAUGCAAAGAAAGGACAAAUCAUUGCAGGUGGAAAUGGCAGAGGAGAUCGAAUGGAUCAGUUGAAUUGGCCAACAGGUGUGAUUGUUGGUCAACAAACUCAUUCGAUCAUCAUUGCUGAUUCUGGAAACAGACGAGUGAUUCGAUGGAUGAGUCAAAAUCAACAAAUUCUCAUUCAUAAUAUUACUUGUAAUGGCUUGGCAAUGGAUAAAAAUGGAUUUCUUUAUGUUUCUGAUGGUGAGAAGAAUGAAGUGAGACGAUGGAAAAUGGGAGAAUAUAACAACGAAGGAAUUGUAGUGGCAGGUGGAAAUGGAGAAGGAGAUCAACUCAAUCAACUUAGUUAUCCUCGUUUUAUCUUUGUCGAUAAAGAUCAAUCUGUUUAUGUAUCAGAAAGCAACAAUAAUCGUGUGAUGAAAUGGAGAAAAGAUGCAAAAGAAGGAAUAGUUGUGGCUGGAGGAAAUGAUCAAGGAAGAAAUUUCAAUCAAUUGUUUUUUCCUGAAGGAAUAAUUGUUGAUGAUUCGGGUCAAAUUUAUGUGGCAGAUCAACGGAAUAAUCGAGUAAUGCGUUGGUAUGAAGGAAAAGAAAAAGGUGAAAUUGUUGUUGGUGGUUAUCGUGAAGAAAAUCAAUCAAAUCAACUGAAUGGUCCCUUUGAUUUAUCUUUUGAUGAUGAAGGAAAUCAAUUGAAACGUCCCAUGGGUUUAUCUUUUGAUGAUGAAGGAAAUCUUUAUGUUGCUGAUGGUGCCAAUCAUCGAAUUCAAAAAUUCGAAAUAAUUUUGUAA